CUGUUACAACGAAAUAGAAAUGACCAUGACAAGAAACAGUGUUUUCUCUUCAAUGGAAUCUGUGUUUGCUCACUUAUGUUUUUGGGAUUUAGCUUUUGCAUUCUUAGGGUUGUUUGUUUUCAGUUGUAUACGAGAAAAACUCACCAAUAAUGGCCCAAUGCUAUGGCCUGUUUUAGGGAUCAUGCCAACUAUGCUUCUCCAUAUCAACGAUACGCUAAAUUUUGGCACCAGAGCUUUGAUCAGAGCCGGCGGGACUUUCCGUUACAGGGGUGUAUGGAUGGGAGGAGCUCAUGGAGUCAUGACGGCUGACCCUGUCAACAUUGAGUAUAUACUCAGGACAAAUUUCACGAACUUCCCCAAAGGAAAAUACUAUAGGGAGAGAUUUCAGGAUUUGCUUGGAGACGGUAUUUUCAAUGCUGAUUAUGAAUUAUGGAAGGAACAAAGGAGAACAGCGAAAAUGGAGAUGCAUUCUAGCAGGUUCAUCGAUCAUUCACUUCGAACAAUGCAAGAUCUUGUGCACCUGAAGCUGUUGAAACUAACUGAAAAGCUUGUAAGGUCAGAAGAUAGUUUUGAUUUGCAAGAAAUGCUGCUUCGUUUCACGUUUGAUAAUAUUUGUACUGCAGCUUUUGGGGUCGAUCCAGGGUAUUUAAACCUGGAUUUACCUGAAGUUCCCUUUGCAAAAGCUUUUGAAGAAGCUACAGAGCUCACUUUGAACAGAUUCUUGGUGCCACUUUUCGUGUGGAAAACCAUGAAGCUCUUUGGAAUAGGAUAUGAGAAAAGGCUUCGGACAGCAAUUGAAUUUGUCCAUGAAUUUGCUGAUGAGACGGUACGGAAAAGAAGGAACGAGCUAAUUAAGCUUGGUAGCUUAAAUGACCAAUCUGAUCUUUUAUCUAGGCUCAUGGACAUUGUACCCACUGAAGAUGGAAAGAACCAACAACAAUUCCCAGAUAAGUAUUUCAGGGAUUUCUGUGUAAGUUUCAUUCUUGCAGGAAGAGACACAACUUCUGUAGCAUUGGCAUGGUUUUUUUGGUUAGUACACAGCAACCCAGACGUGGAAAGCAAAAUUCUGAGAGAGAUCAAUGAGAUAUUGAGUCAUCGCAAUCGCAAUUGCGAAAAUGGAAAUGAUAAUGACAUUCUUUUCGCCAUAGAAGAAUUAAAUAAUAUGGUUUAUCUCCAAGCUGCGUUGUCUGAAUCCAUGAGGCUUUACCCAUCGGUGCCAACUGAAAUCAAAGAAGUGAUAGAAGAUGAUGUGCUGCCUGAUGGUUCUGUAGUUAAGAAGGGUGCUCGAGUUCUCUAUUGCAUCUUCUCAAUGGCUAGAAUGGAGUCCGUAUGGGGGAAAGAUUGCUUGGAAUUCAAGCCAGAGAGAUGGAUCAAUAAGGAUGAGAAAUUUGCGAGUGCGAAUCAGUUCAAAUACGCGGUGUUUAAUGCCGGUCCGAGGUCAUGCUUGGGGAAGAAAUUUGCGUACUUGCAGAUGAAGAUGGUGGCUGCUUCAAUCUUGCUAAGGUACUGUGUUAAGGUAGUUGAAGGUCAUAAUGUUGUUCCAAAAAUGACAACCACACUAUACAUGAAGAACGGGUUGAUGGUGACUCUUAAGCCUAGACUGCCAUAUAAAUUCUAGUGCGCAGUAUUGCUGUAAUUAGUGUAUCGAAUAAUAGUGGUUUAAUUAGGCCUAGCGAGCGAGUCGCAGUUGUUAUUCGUAUGAGCCUUUUCCGUGAUGAAUUGGGAGCAUGUAAUAAUUUCUUGU